UACACACUGCAUGGCCCAAUUUUCAUUCAAGAACCAAGUCAUGUAAUGUUCCCUUUGGACUCUGAGGAGAAAAAAGUGAAGCUCACUUGUGAAGUUAAAGGGAAUCCAAAACCUCAUAUCAGGUGGAAGUUAAAUGGAACAGAUGUUGACAUUGGUAUGGAUUUCCGCUACAGUGUUGUUGAAGGCAGCUUGUUGAUCAAUAACCCCAAUAAAACCCAAGACGCUGGAACGUACCAGUGCAGAGCAACAAACUCAUUUGGAACAAUUGUUAGCAGAGAAGCAAAGCUUCAGUUUGCUUAUCUUGAAAACUUUAAAACAAGAACGAGAAGCACCGUGUCUGUCCGCCAAGGUCAGGGGAUGGUACUGCUGUGCGGCCCACCAGCCCAUGCUGGAGAGCUGAGCUAUGCCUGGAUUUUCAAUGAAUACCCUUCCUAUCAGGAUAAUCGCCGCUUCGUUUCUCAAGAGACUGGGAAUCUGUAUAUUGCCAAAGUAGAAAAAUCAGAUGUUGGAAAUUAUACCUGUGUGGUUACAAAUACAGUAACAAACCAAAAGGUCCUGGGGCCACCCACACCGCUAAUGUUGAGAAAUGAUGGGGUGAUGGGUGAAUAUGAGCCAAAAAUAGAAGUGCAGUUCCCGGAAACGGUCCCGACUGCAAAAGGAACAACAGUGAAGCUGGAAUGCUUUGCGUUAGGAAAUCCAGUACCAACUAUUAUCUGGAGAAGAGCUGAUGGAAAGCCGAUAGCAAGGAAAGCCAGAAGACACAAGUCAAAUGGAAUUCUUGAAAUCCCCAACUUUCAGCAGGAGGACGCUGGUUGGUACGAAUGUGUGGCUGAAAAUUCAAGAGGGAAAAACAUAGCAAGGGGACAGCUGACUUUCUUUGCUCAACCUAAUUGGAUUCAAAAAAUAAAUGACAUUCAUGUGGCCAUCGAAGAAAAUGUCUUCUGGGAAUGUAAAGCCAAUGGAAGGCCCAAACCUACAUACAGGUGGCUGAAAAAUGGUGAACCACUGUUAACUCGGGAUAGAAUUCAUAUCGAGCAAGGAACACUCAACAUAACAAUAGUGAACCUCUCAGAUGCUGGCAUGUAUCAGUGUGUGGCAGAAAAUAAACAUGGAGUUAUCUUUUCCAGCGCAGAGCUUAGUGUUAUAGCUGUGGGCCCAGAUUUUUCAAGAACCCUCUUAAAAAGAGUAACGCUUGUCAAAGUGGGAGGUGAAGUUGUCAUUGAGUGUAAGCCGAAAGCCUCUCCGAAACCUGUCUACACUUGGAAGAAAGGAAGAGACGUAUUAAGAGAAAAUGAAAGAAUUACCAUUUCUGAAGAUGGAAGCCUCAGAAUCGUCAAUGUGACUAAAUCAGAUGCUGGAAGUUAUACCUGCAUAGCCACUAACCAUUUUGGAACUGCUAGCAGUACUGGAAACCUGGUAGUAAAAGAUCCAACAAGGGUAAUGGUACCCCCUUCCAGUAUGGAUGUCACUGUUGGAGAAAGUAUCGUUCUGCCAUGCCAGGUAACCCACGAUCACUCGCUAAACAUCGUGUUUACUUGGUCAUUUAAUGGACACCUGAUAGACUUUGACAAAGACGGGGACCACUUUGAAAGAGUCGGAGGGGAUUCAGCUGGUGAUUUGAUGAUCCGGAACAUCCAGCUGAAGCAUGCUGGGAAAUACGUCUGCAUGGUCCAGACAAGUGUAGACAAGCUGUCUGCCGCUGCUGACCUGAUUGUGAGAGGUCCUCCAGGCCCCCCAGAGGCUGUGGCCAUAGAUGAAAUUACAGACACCACUGCUCAGCUCUCCUGGAGACCCGGGCCUGACAACCACAGCCCCAUCACCAUGUAUGUCAUUCAAGCCAGGACUCCGUUCUCCGUGGGCUGGCAAGCAGUUAAUACAGUCCCAGAACUCAUUGAUGGGAAGACAUUCACAGCAACUGUGGUGGGUUUGAACCCUUGGGUCGAAUAUGAAUUCCGCACAGUUGCAGCCAACGUGAUUGGGAUUGGGGAGCCCAGCCAGCCCUCUGAGAAGCGGAGGACAGAAGAGGCCCUCCCCGAAGUCACCCCAGCUAACGUCAGUGGAGGCGGAGGCAGCAAAUCUGAACUGGUUAUAACCUGGGAGACGGUCCCUGAGGAAUUACAGAACGGCAGAGGCUUUGGUUACGUGGUGGCCUUCCGGCCUUAUGGCAAAAUGAUCUGGAUGCUGACCGUGCUGGCCUCCGCGGACGCCUCCAGAUACGUGUUCAGGAAUGAGAGCGUGCAUCCCUUCUCUCCCUUCGAGGUUAAAGUGGGCGUCUUCAACAAUAAAGGAGAAGGCCCUUUCAGUCCCACCACGGUGGUAUAUUCUGCAGAAGAAGAACCCACCAAAGCACCAGCCAACAUCUUUGCCAGAAGUCUUUCUGCAACAGAUGUUGAAGUCUUCUGGGCCUCCCCCAUGGAAAAGAAUAGAGGUCGGAUACAAGGGUAUGAGGUAAAAUACUGGAGGCAUGACGACAAAGAAGAAAAUGCUCGAAAAAUACGAACAAUAGGAAAUCAGACAUCAACAAAAAUCACCAACUUAAAAGGCAGCGCUCUGUAUCAUUUAGCUGUCAAGGCAUAUAAUUCUGCAGGGACAGGCCCCUCCAGUGCGACGGUCAACGUGACAACCAGAAAGCCACCGCCAAGUCAGCCCCCCGGAAACAUCAUAUGGAAUUCAUCGGACUCCAAAAUUAUCCUGAAUUGGGAUCAAGUGAAGGCCCUGGAUAAUGAGUCGGAAGUAAAAGGAUACAAAGUCUUGUACAGAUGGAGCAGACAAAGCAGCACAUCUGUCAUUGAAACAAAUGAAACAUCAGUGGAGCUUUCUUUGCCUUUUGAUGAAGAUUAUAUAAUAGAAAUUAAGCCAUUCAGUGAUGGAGGAGAUGGCAGCAGCAGUGAACAGAUUCGAAUUCCAAAGAUAUCAAAUGCCUAUGCAAGAGGAGCGGGGCCGUCCACUUCCAACGCAUGCACGCUGUCGGCCAUCAGUACGAUCAUGAUCUCCCUCACAGCCAGGUCCAGUUUAUGACAACAGUUCUCUAAAGGACUUGCUGUUUAUAAUAUAAGCAACAUUUAGCUAGUUGUUUUGAAGACACCCAGUACUAAGUAAUAUUGUUGUUCAAGUACAUCUUAUUACUGGAAAAAAAAAUGUUUUUUGCUUCUUUAGGAAUGGCAUUCUACAGUACUUCCUCAAAGCAAAUCUAGCUUUGUCUGAAGUUUCUUUGGAAACUCUGCAAUGCACUGAAGACAUCUGUAAUAUGAUGUUACCAAAGCAGUUUACAUAUGUCCUUAUAUGCAUAUUUUUAUUAUAUAUUUAGUGUUUUAUAGACUUUUUUAAAGUUAACAUGAAAUGUAGAUAUUAAUUUUUUUCCUCUGCUGUAAAAUGCUAUGGGCAACACAAUCAUAUGGUUAUUAUUUGAAAAUAGUUCCUUUAAAGACAGAGUUGGAAACUCACCUUGGUAAAUACAUUGCAGAUUUCUUGUACAGUUUUAUAAGGGUCUAGUGGCAGAACAGCUGAAGACUUGGUCUGUAACUCAAGGCUGCUGUAUGGAAAUGAUUCUUGGGAUGACUAAUGUACUGAAUCAAGUCAUUUUGCCACGUACAAUAUGCUUUCCAGCCCUGUUGUGAAUUCUGUUGUUCAACACAACCUGAGAUGGUUUCAGGAAUGGCUGCAAUCUCAAAACCUAAACUAACUUGCCCAAGAGGCACCUUGUGCAAUAUUCCCAUCCCUGAAUUUAGCAUCCUACGGUAAGACUUUCUUUUCCCUCAACUCAGUUAACAUUGUCUUUGUAGCAGUAGCAUUAUCUUAGACAUGACAUUGGAAGUUAAAUAUCCUGUAGUAACAUAGACCAAAAGUUAAUAGAGUCAACCAUGUCUUUCAAAGGAUAGAAGAUAAUUUUACUAUCUUUAAAUGUAUCUGUCUUGAAUGUACAUUUAACAACAAAAAGGGUAAUUCUCUGUUGAUGGAUUCGUAACUUCUUUACAAAAUUUCUUAUAGAUAAUAUGUGUAUCUCUUUAAUAAUAGAGCCCUUCUUUUGAAUCAAAGUUAUGUAUGGAGUCUGGCAGAUUUCUCCUAUUUCAGCACCUAGCUGCCACAAAGAAUUUUUUUCAUGACUCUAUAAAAGAUCUUUAGUACAAUGGUGUGGUAUCUCAAUGAGUCUCCUGUUUUGCAAUAGGUAGCCUCAUUGCUUUACAAGUUUCAUCUUCUACGUCUUAAAAUCACACACUGGAAAAUGACAAUAUCAACAAAACUGUAUUCUUAUGAAAAGAACUAUUUGUAAUAAUGGGGGAGGUUUUGUAAGCUGACACUAGUGGAACAGUGCAUAUAAAAGGCAAUGAAAUUUUCUAUAAAAAUUUUCACAUGUAGACACGCUGCCACCUUUUCUUCUUUCUCAGAGAGCUCAAAUUUGCCUGUAAUUUGUCAUUUUUCCUUAACUUUUCAACCUUCUAGCUAUAUUUAUCCAAUAAAGUCAUAAUCAGGAUUCCACUUGUGUAAAAACUAGGGUGGUAACUGGAAAAAAAAAUAUUGUCAGUAUUUCAAGCUGUGUUCCUUUCUUAGUUUGAUAUGGUUACUUCUAUGUUAAAAUAAAACAAAAUUUUAAAUCACAUGCAAAAAAAAUCAACAAAAUAAUAAAAUGAAUGAAAAAAAAAGAUACCCCAGGUAGUUCCCAACCCCAGUGUAAAUAUUUACCAGUGAUCUAGCAUAUGUAAUCUCUUUUUAAAGGUAUUGUUAAUAAAUAUUCUGUCAUUUGUAAAGAUACUUGUCUUUUGGGAGCAUUUUUCCUGCCUGCCUGUCAGGGAAUUUGUGAGCUCACCCUUGUGCUAGUUAUAAUUUAAGAUCAUAGAGGGACUCAGAAGUCUCUGGUCACGAUCCAAAGCUAGUUGACCCAGAGCUCUUCCUUUGGAAUUGACAACCCUGAAAACAUCAUUGCAGAUCCUCUUUGGAGGUAGAGAGGGACAAACAUCCACAAAUAAAUGUCCUGAAGAUCAAACUUGAAUAGAUCCUCUGCAUUAGCUAAGUCUUUUCUGUAUUUAAUCUAAGGCUAUCUGUUGUUUUAAGGUUUCCCCAACCCCGCUGCUAAAAGGAUAGAAUCUAAACUUGAGGCCCUUCUUAAUGUAAUAACAGCUUAACUCUGUACCCGGCCACACAGAGUCCUCACUGGCCCCUGAACACUGCUCGCUUUUGGUCUCACCUCUGUGCCUUUUGGGCAUCUGGUUGCCCCUUCCUGAAAUACCCCCCACUGUUCUUUAUCACCUGAAUCCCCACUGUCCUAGGGUAGGCUCGUCUGUGAAGCCUUCCCACACUCCAGUCCUUGGUGACAUCCUUCCUCUGAAUGAGCUGUAAGCCCUGUGGAUACCCCUCAUUUAGUAAUUAAUCAGGUACUACUUUUGGAAAUCUCUUGUACUGUUAUCUUGCAUUUUAAUUUAACUCCUGUAUUGUUACUUAAUUUUCCUUGUAUGUAUGCCUUGUCUUCCCAACUAGAUUGUAAGCUCCUUGAGGGCAGGGACUUUGGUCUUAUCUUCCAUGUA